AUGAUCUUCUCUUGGAGCACUACAACAACGUCGACAGUGGACGUCAAGAUCUCACCUGAGCUGCCAUGGCACAAGGAUGAUAUCUCCAACGUGAUCAAGUCUGCGUUUGCGAAGCUCGCCAUCUCCAACCACCAGGAGCAGGAGAUUGUGCACGACUUGCGAGCCACGGGCGCACUCACAGCGUCCUGGGUCGCCAUCGAUAACAAUACACAGCAGGUGGUUGGCACGAUUUUCCUGAGUGAGGUCAAGGUGGACGGACAGGUUCAGAGCCCCAAGUGGUACGGCAUUGGACCCAUUGCUGUAUUGCCCGACUUCCAGGGCAACGGGAUCGGCGCCAAACUCAUGCAUACGGCCAUUGAGCAUUGCCAGGGCCAGCUCGAUGCCGGUGGCGUCGUGUUGCUGGGAAACCCGGAGUUCUACAAGCAGUUUGAAUUCGUUCCCCGUCGAGACCUGUCGCUGAUGGGCGUUCCCUCUCAGUACUUUCAGGUUCGAAAGUUCCGAGGAGAGUGGCCCUCUGGAGAAGUCACCUAUGACGACGCCUUCAUGAGACACUCGUGGUGA